CCUCCAAAUUAAGGUUAAUUCUAUUUCCGCCUCUCAACCCAUUUAUGGUUUUAUGGCAAGUCACAGCUCAGGCCACCAAUUUUCCCGUUAAUUUCAAGCUCUGAUUCCCACAAAAGUCGGAGAUAUUCAGCCACAAUUCCACCGUCCUCCACUUGGUCCCAAAAAGAAAACAAAAAAAAUCCAAUCUUUUCUUAGGAUAUUCAACUCUUCAGACACUAAAAUUUCUAAAAAAAAAAAAAAAAAAAAAACCGAAUUUUCUUCUACUUUUCCUUGAAUAUCCUCUCUGUAUUUGUGUGUUUUGUGUUUUUGUGUUUUUGUUUGUAAAACUGCUUUCCAUUUUUUUGGGUCUGGUGUGUUGUCAUUGUUCUUUGUGUUUUGGGUUUCAAGAGAUUAUAUGUAUAUUUUUUAAAAAAAAUUGUGGGUUCAUCAGCAUAAAAAAUUAGGGUUCUUGUAAUCUUAUUGUGCUGGUGACUCUUUCUUUUUCUUUUUUUUUUUUCUUCUACCACAUCUUGAAAAACCCAUUGUGGAAAAACUAGUAUUUUGAGCUUUUUUUCUUGAUCGAAUUUCAAACUAUUAGGCAACAAAGAAGACUAUUUCAUGGUUUCAAGCAUGUGGGUUUUGCUUAUUUGACAAGGGUCUCUGUCUCUCCUCAUUGAAGAAGCCAAUUCAAAUCCCCACCUCACUCUAGCUCUCAAUCUCUUCCUUCAGAGCAACCCCGAGACAUGUUUGGAACUCAGAGCACGAGAGACAUCUCGUUUGAAUUCCAAUCUCAAAUACCAAAUUGGAGACCCAGCAUCUACACCAGAAGGGCUAACAUCACUGUAAAGUUUCAAGAUCUUUAUGGGUUUACAGUUGAAGGCAAUGUUGAUGAUGUUAACGUAUUGAAUGAGGUGAGAGAGAAGGUGAGGCAACAGGGUAGGGUUUGGUGGGCUCUGGAAGCCAACAAAGGAGCAAAUUGGUAUUUGCAGCCUCAGAUUUCAUCAAUAUCUGAGGGGAUUGCCCUCAAAUCCUCCCUUAAAUUGUCAGCUCUUACCAAUACAAUUACCUUAAAGAGAUUGAUCAGGAAGGGAAUUCCACCAGUUCUAAGGCCUAAGGUCUGGUUUUCAUUGUCGGGAGCGGCAAAGAAGCGGUCCACAGUGCCGGAGAGUUACUAUAAUGACUUGACCAAGGCGGUGGAAGGCAAGGUCACAGCGGCAACACGACAGAUUGAUCAUGACCUACCACGAACCUUCCCUGGUCACCCAUGGUUGGACACUCCAGAGGGUCAUGCUACUCUUCGACGAGUUCUUGUUGGAUAUUCUUUUCGUGAUUCUGAUGUUGGCUACUGUCAGGGUUUAAAUUACGUUGCAGCAUUGUUGUUGCUUGUAAUGAAAACAGAAGAGGAUGCUUUUUGGAUGCUGGCUGUCCUGUUGGAAAAUGUUUUAGUUAAUGACUGCUACACAAAUAACUUAUCGGGGUGCCAUGUUGAACAAAGGGUGUUUAAAGAUUUACUUGCUAAGAAAUGCCCGAGGAUAGCUGCUCAUUUGGAAGCUUUGGAGUUUGAUGUCUCCCUGGUUGCCACUGAGUGGUUUCUAUGCCUUUUUUCUAAGAGCUUGCCUUCUGAGACAGCUCUGCGGGUGUGGGAUGUCCUUUUCAAUGAAGGGGCAAAAGUUCUAUUUCAUGUUGCUUUGGCUAUCUUUAAGAUGAAGGAAGAGGAGUUGCUUCUAGCACAUCAGGUUGGGGAUGUAAUUAAUAUUUUACAGAAAACAACUCAUCACCUCUUCGAUCCUGAAGAAUUAUUGACGGUGGCUUUUGAUAAGAUUGGUUCUAUGACAACCAACACCAUAUCAAAGCAAAGGAAAAAGCAGGAACCAGCAGUCAUGGCAGAGCUUGAUCAAAGAUUGAGACGGUUAAACUCUCUAAACGAGGAUGACAAAUAGCUUAUCAAACUGUAAAAUAUAUCAGACGUCCUGGAUGAGGCCUGCUUGACCCUCUGGAGGAUGAUAUUAAAUUAUGUUUUUGUACCCAUGUGAAGCAAUGACCAAGUGAAGAGAGCAUUUGUUGUUUUAAAGAAUGAUGUAGGUGAUAAAUGUAAAUUUUGUACUGUUACCUCGGUACAGUCAAUCACAAGGCAACUUGGGGUAUUGCCGGAUUUCCAUGCCCUGUAAUUUUGGCUUUUAUGUUGUAUCCUGCCUUGAGUUGUUCCUGGGACAGAACUAAGCUUUGGACUGCUCAACAUUGUUUUAUUGCUCAAAGAAGCAUAAUAGUUUCUAAAGCAUUCCAAUUUUCACUUUC